CUUCUCCCCAUACAGGAAGCUGCUGCACCAACAAGCUCGCUGUCAACAAAGGACACAACUGUGCAAAUUACCAAAAACAAAUCCACAAGUCGGCGGUAGUGCCGACUUUGGGUUUGUUCUAGAAAUAUAUAUUCCACGGCACUGCCAGCUGAAUCUUCAACAUGGCGACAACCGCGCAGCUAUUCGAGGAACCGUUUGAUGCAGAUGAGUACAUUGAAAGGUUGGCUUGGAGGACUCCUGGAGGAGGCUCUAAAGGAGGCGCUGAGGCUUUUGAUCCCAAAAGGUUGUUGGAAGAAUUUAAGAACCACAUUGAGGAGCUGAAGCAACUGGACGAGAAGAUCCAGCGGAAGGUGGAGAAGCUUGAGCAUCAGUGCCACCGUGAGGCCAAGGAAUUUGCCCACAAAGUACAAGACCUGCAGAGGAGUAACCAGGUGGCCUUUCAGCAUUUCCAAGAGCUUGAUGAGCACAUUAGCUAUGUGGCCACCAAGGUUUGUCACCUUGGUGACCAGCUGGAGGGGGUGAACACACCUCGCCAGAGGGCAGUGGAAGCUCAGCGUCUGAUGACUUACUUUAAUGAGUUCUUGGAUGGAGAUUUACGCAGUGAUGUCUUCCAUAACCCAGACAAGAUUAAGGAGGCUGCAGAUAUAAUUCAGAAGCUGCAUCUCAUUGCCCAGGAGCUGCCAUUUGACAGAUUUGCAGAUGUCAAGGCAAAAAUUGCAAGUAAAUACCAUGACCUGGAGCGACAGUUAAUCCAGGAGUUCACCGCAGCCCAGCGCAGGGAUGAGAUCGGUCGUAUGCGGGAGGUUGCAGCAGUUCUCUUACAUUUCAAGGGAUAUGCACACUGUGUGGACGUCUAUAUCAAGCAGUGCCAGGAAGGUGCCUAUCUGAGGAAUGAUGUGUUUGAGGACACUGCAGUCCUUUGCCAAAAUGUCAACAAACAGGUGGGGGAGGUUUUCAGCAGUCCCGAGACAGUCAUGGCCAAACUCAUCCAGAACAUCUUUGAGAACAAACUGCAGGCUCAUGUUAGGAAAAAACUGGAUGAGACUCGACACUCGGAUACAGAACAGUACCUCAAAAACCUGUAUGACUUAUACACCAGGACAACAGCAUUAGCCACAAAGCUGUCAGAAUUCAACCUAGGCUCAGACAAGCAUACCUUCCUAUCUAAGCUGAUAAAAAGCAUCUUUUCAUCAUACUUGGAGAGUUACAUUGACAUGGAAAGGGAAUACCUCCGUAAUCGAGGGGCCAUGAUCCUGCAGCGAUACUAUGACUCCAAAAACCAUCAGAAACGCCCAAUUGGUACUGGCAGUAUGCAAGAGCUGAAAGAGCGGAUCAGGCAGCGAACGAACCUUCAACUGGGCCCCACCAUUGACACCCAUGGGGAGACCUUUCUGUCCCCAGAGCUGGUUGUUAACCUGUUGCAAGAGACACGUCAUGCAUUUGAGAGGUGUCACAGGCUUUCAGAUCCUUCUGACCUGCCAAAGAAUGCCUACUCAAUCUUCCUCCUGCUGGUCGAACACCUUUGUGUGGAUCAUAUUGACUAUGCCCUGGAGAUCGGGCUCUCAGCAAUUCCCUCAUCUGAUGCCAAGAAUGCCAAUCUUUACUUCUUGGAUGUGGUUCAGCAAGCAAACUCUAUCUUUCACUUGUUUGACAAACAGUUUAAUGACCAACUUAUGCCGCUGAUAAGUUCAUCUCCAAAGUUGGCGGAGUGUUUGCACAAAAAGAAAGAAGUAAUAGAGCAAAUGGAAGUGAAACUAGACACAGGAAUUGACAGAACAAUAAACUGCAUGGUGGGGCAGAUGAAGCACAUCCUGGCAACAGAGCAGAAGAAAACAGAUUUCAGGCCUGAGGACGAAAACAAUGUCAUGAUCCAGUACACCGCAGCCUGCUCCAAGGUGUGUGCCUACGUGAGUCGACAGGUGGAGCAUGUGCGGAAGUCCAUGGAUGGGAAAAACGUGGACACGGUCCUGACAGAGUUGGGCGUUCGCUUUCAUCGGCUCAUCCACGAGCAUUUACAGCAAUACAGUUACAGCUCAAUGGGCGGCAUGCUGGCCAUCUGCGACGUGGCUGAAUACAGACGAAGCGCCAAGGAUUUCAGGGUCCCUCUGGUGCUGCAGCUCUUCGACACACUCCAUGCCCUCUGUAACCUUCUGGUGGUUGCUCCUGACAACCUGAAACAAGUUUGUUCAGGUGAGCAUCUCACCAACCUGGACCGGAACCUCCUACAUGCCUUUGUCCAGCUCAGAGUGGACUACCGUUCAUCCAGACUGGGCCGACACUUCAGUUAAUGACUGUGUGAAUACCUCACUGUGCUCCGUCCAGUAACUUAUGUUUUGAUGAGAAGAUGCGUCUUUGAGAUGCCUGCUACCACUUCAGAGAACGCAUCAGUCUGGCCCCAGCCAACAGAAUAUUCCGGUUCUGGACGGCCACUGCUCCUUGAAUGUGGGAAAUGUGCAUUUUACCCUUUUUUCAUUGUUUAUUUUGUUGAGCUGAUGAAAUUUAAAUGUCUAUGGACUUAGGUUUUCAUUUGUUUUUUUGUUUUUUUUUUAAUACUAAUCCUUCUUAAAUCCAUAUGGAUAAGAUGUCUAACAUAUUAUCGGUAAAUGGACUAUAUGCAUUUCUGUGCUUACAUACAAUUUAUGUUUUUGCUUGUGCCAAAUAAUGAAUUUCAGCAGCUGCACAUGUGCACAGGAAAUGGACUUAAAGCUGCUUUAAAGGGAGACUAUCAACAAUCAGGCUGUAAAAUCAGACAUCUACCCUGCAGUUGUGCUACAGAUUAGAAACAGUUACCCUUUGUGAUGAAUUGUUGGACACCAGACAGGCGGCCCGACGGAGCUCGAGUGGGACCUCUGUCUGGCUAACUGAAACACAUGACCACCUCUGUAACCCUUUGACCCUUGACCACAAAGUGGAAGUCAAGAGGCCAUCACAGAGGAGUGUGACCCCAGCUAUAAACGGGUCUAAGAACGUCUGUGGAGGUUUGGGUGGUCCCCCUCAUGCCUCAGAUGUUUGGCGCUAUAGGUCACUGAAUAUGUGUGACUGUAAUUGCACAGAUCAACACUUGCUCAUCCAGUGGUGCGCAAAGUCCAAAGACAUUGUUGGCCUGAUCUGCCGUGUUUCUGGGUCAGGGGGCAUUUAAAUGUUGAUCUCCAGUGAUUAAGGAAAGAAGCGAGAAGGGACUUCUUCACACAGGGAUUAUUGGAGGUUCACAUUAACUGUCCUUUGCACAAGAAAGAGGGAAGAUAAUGCCCCUGAUGCCUGAAACUAUUUCCUAUACAAAGUUACUUUCACUGUACUGCUGUUUACCUUAAUUAGCAACUUAAUAA